AUUCUUAUUCAUAUCUUAAAAAGGUCUAGCUCACCUUCACAGCAAUGAGCGUCCUAUUCUUCAUCGGGAUUUAAGACCAUCAAACGUUCUUCGAGAUGUACAAGGAAACUUUUUAAUUACUGACUUCGGUAUUAGUUAUAUUUUAUGCGAUGGAGCUGUGACACAUCAAAGCAUGCAGAGAGGAGCUAGAUAUUGGAUAGCUCCAGAGUCAUAUGACGCAUCAGAUGAUACAAUUAAUAAAGUUCUUUACAAAAAAGAGUCUGACAUUAUGAUUGCCGGAAUGGUGGCUUAUUAUGUUGCAACAGAGGGAAAACAUCCUUUUGGACAAAAACGGCAAACACUGGACAACAUUUUGAAUGGAAACCCUGUUGGCUUGGACGAAAUCAAGGAUGCCUCGUUCAAAGACCUUUUAUCGUGGAUGCUACAGUUAAAACCUGAAGACAGGCCAUCUGCCAAUGAGGCGUUAAAACACCCUUAUCUACAAUCAGACGAAGAGAAAUUUAACAUGCUGUGUGAUAUGGGGAACCAACUGGAGGUGAAACAUUCACAUGGUCGAAAUUCUCCUACUUUAGACGUUCAUACGCAGUUGCAUGGUUCCACAGAAUGGAUGAAGCGUAUUGAUGAUGAAGUCGUCAAAGAUUUGAUCAACUUUGAAGUAAACGACAGUAUAAGAACUCUAAAGUACGAGUCUACAUGGGCAGGAUGCUUAAAAUUUCUACGAAACGUUGACCAACAUUGGCAAAAUGACCCUCUUCCGCAUCUAUCACAAUAUAUGAAGCAAGGCAAUUAUAAAGAGUAUUUCCUGCAAGUUUUCCCAGAGCUUCCUCUUCUGGUGCACAAAAUCAUAAGGUCGACUGACUGGAAAUCCACUCCAGAUCUGGAAGAACACUUUGCUAAUGCAGAUGAUAAUUUGGUUGAACAUUUUUGGAUGAACACAAGCUUUUCAGAAGAAAUGGGAAAACAACGUUUGGAAGUUCAAGAAUUGUUGCGUCAACCAUGGAAAUGUUUUGAUAAAUCAACAAUGCAUCGGGAAGAGUUUAAAAAGAUGGAGGAAUAUGGACGCAAACAUCCAGAAAAAGUUACGCUGCUCAGUGAAUUGCGUGUAAUUUUCAAGGAGGAGUUUUUGCUUGGCAAAGGAAGUGAUGGAACCCGUGUUUACCUUGCCCUGGGAAAUGAUGGUUAUGGAAAAGCAGUAAAGCGAAUACACAAAGAUAGCGGCAAAGAAUUUGCAAAUCGAGAAAAAGAAAUUUUGAAUGUGUUGAAUGCAGAGCGUUCAAAUUAUGUUGUGAAUUAUUGCCAUUUAGAAGAGAACCUUGACGAAGAAUAUUUGUACAUGAUAUUAGAUUUGUGUGAAGAAUCGUUAGAGAGUUAUGUGAAAUCUUCUUCUUUGCAAGAUCUUCAAAAAGUCGUUCCUAAAGUUCUUAUUCAGAUCUUAAAUGGUAUAGUUCACCUUCACAGCGGCCAGCGUCCUAUUCUUCAUCGGGAUUUAAGACCCUCGAACGUUCUUCGAGAUGUACAAGGAAAUUUUUUAAUCGCUGACUUUGGCUUAAGUCAUAUGUUAUCGGAUGAAACUUCGACACAUCAAAGCAUACAAAGAGGAGCUAAAAAUUGGAUAGCUCCAGAGUCAUAUGACGCAUCAGAUGAUAUAAUCAAUAAAGUUCGUUACAAAAAAGAGUCUGACAUUAUGAAUGCCGGAAUGGUGGCUUAUUAUGUUGCAACAAAGGGGAAACAUCCUUUUGGAACUGAACGGUUUUUAUUGAACAACAUUUUCAAAGGAAACCCUGUUGGCUUAGCUGAAAUCAAGGAUGCCACGUUCAAAGACCUUUUAUCGUGGAUGCUACAGUUAAAACCUGAAGACAGGCCAUCUGCCAAAGAGGCGUUAAAACACCCUUAUCUGCUAUCAGACGAAGAGAAAUUUAACAUGCUGUGUGAUAUGGGGAACCAACUGGAGGUGAAACAUUCACAAGGUCGAAAUUCUCCCACUUCAGACGUUCAUAAGCAGUUGCAUGGUUCCACAGAAUGGAUGAAGCGUAUCGAUGAUGAAGUCGUCAAAGAUUUGAUCAACUUUGAAGUAAACGACAGUUUAAGAACUCUAAAGUACGAGUCUACAUGGGCAGGAUGCUUAAGAUUUAUACGAAACGUUGACCAACAUUGGCAAAAUAAGCCUCAUCCGCUUCUAUCAAAAUAUAUAAAGCAGGGCAAUUAUAAAAAGUAUUUCCUGCAACUUUUUCCUGAACUUCCUCUUCUGGUGCACAAAGUCAUUAGGUCUACUCACAAGAAAACUAAACCUGAUCACCAGAAUAAUUAAGAACAUCGUGCAUUUGUUCAGGAUUUGUUUACACUAUCUACUCAUAAGUUUUAUUCUCUCGCUUUUAAAUUUAAUGACUUUUCAUUUAAACAUUUUCUCACUUGAUACUGAAGUCAUAUAAUUAAUUAUGUAUUAUAUACAGUAAAAAAUUGUAAUCUCCGCAAAUGGAUAUGAUUACUUAAAAUAUUUAUAAUGGGACUGAAAAUAUUACUAAUUCUAAUGUAUAGUCAUGUAGUGGCAACGUAUCCCUCGCAAUACAUGGCAUUCAUCUUGUUAAAUGAAUUAAAUUUGUAUGUUCGUCAUUGGUAUUUUGUUAAAUAUAUGCAUAGCUGCGACUCAAAAUUAUUUAGAUUUUUGAGCGUUGGAGAUUUACUUCAUGGCAGAAUACAGCGAGGGGUUAACAAUUGGAUAACUCCAGUCAUAUGAUCUAUGCAGCAUCCAAUCAUCAAUGUAUCUUGCUACAAGAAACAGUCUGAUGUUAUGAUAAGUGUUUGUUGUGGACAUUUAAAUGUAGUUGAAUUCUGCAAAUAACAAAUAAAAUCAAUUUUUGACGUUUCAGUAUCCACCGCCACUAACCUUGUAA